CUCCUCUCUACUAAGCCCGUACACAACAUUCUACUAACAGCACAAGCCUAGAAAUGGGCUGCCACCGACGAUCCAAGCACUUCCAGACACUGAGGGGGGCCCCCCGAGGUCCCAUCAGGGCCCGAUGGACGGCUUCAUUCGGUCUCAGAGAGACCCGGAAGAUGAUGCGGAAUGCCAUGCUGUCCUCCCCGGCCUCGACAGCCGGCACAGAGAUGUCGGCCUUAGACCGCAUUGGAGAGGAAUUGCGCACAAUAGCGGCCUCCAUGGCUACUAAAGGCGACAUGCUCACACACAACACUGCCAUUCAGGAUGCCCUUCACGCGAAAAUAGCGGGGAUCCGGACGGAUGUGGGCGCUCAAGCAGACUGCAUUCAAACCCUGGAGGCAGCAAUGGAAACACAGGCCGCCAGAAACGUCACGAUGGAAGCAGCGCUCGCCAAGCAGGGGGAACUCCUUCUCACCAUGCGGCGUUCUGUGGAAGACUUAGACAACAGGGGCCGUCGUUGUAAUAUUCAAGUCAAAGGGGUCCCGGAGACGGAUGGAGAGGAAAACGCUGAGGAGCUUCUCUCGGGCCUUUUUCGCGCCAUACUGCAACAAGAGGCGCCUCCCUGCUUUAAAUUUGACAGAGCUCACAGAGCUAUGCGGCCUCGAACGCUGGAAGAAGGCCCGAGAGAUCUAAUUUGCUGCCUCCACUCCUACCAAUUGAAGGAGGCCAUCAUGAGGAAAGCUAGGGGGCGCCCCACGUGGCCCUAUAUGGGCACCCAAGUAGCUCUGUACCAGGAUCUCUCCCCUCUGAUGUUGGAUGCGCGGAGGGCCCUCCUGCCCGUGACCACUCUGCUGCGAGACCGAGGCAUUCAAUAUAAGUGGGGAUUUCCAUUUGCCCUCAUGAUACAAUCCCAGGAGGGAUGGACUGCUGCCUGCCACCCUGAUGAAAUUCCGGGCCUUUUGGAGGGACCACCCACACCGGUUCCUGAUUGGAUCAGGGACUCCAUGAGCCAGAGACCCUGA